ACACAAAAACUGCACAACAGCUGCAACGGGAAAAAGAAAGUUUUGUUCCACAGGCAGUAGGCCACUAGUUUAUUAGCUUCCAGUCACCUGAGUUCCUACUAAAAUGAAGACUCUGCGGUCUACACUUCUCCUGCUCCUGUUUGUGCCUCUGAUAAAGCCAGCACCACCAGCUCCGCAGGAAUCACCCCUCACCUUCGACUAUGCAGCAGAUCAUUUGGAAGAAGCCAUAUUUAGCCAAGAUUAUGAGGAUAAAUACUUGGAUGGAAAAAAUAUUGAGGAAAAACAAACAAUGGUAAGAUCUGUCAAGAGAAGUCUUGAAUUACAAAAAGAUGAAAGUGUAACACCAGCACCUCCCAAGAAAGAAAAUGAUGAAAUGCCCACUUGCUUGCUAUGUGUCUGUUUAAGCGGCUCUGUGUACUGUGAAGAAGUUGACAUUGAUGCUGUACCACCCUUGCCAAAGGAAUCAGCCUAUCUCUAUGCCCGAUUCAACAAAAUUAAAAAGCUGACUGCCAAAGAUUUUGCAGACAUGCCUAACUUAAGAAGGCUUGAUUUUACGGGAAAUUUGAUAGAAGACAUAGAAGAUGGUACUUUUUCAAAACUUGCUCUGUUAGAAGAACUUUCACUUGCUGAAAAUCAACUACUGAAACUCCCAGUUCUUCCUCCCAAGCUCACUUUAUUUAAUGCAAAAUAUAAUAAAAUCAAGAGUAGAGGAAUCAAAGCAAACACAUUCAAAAAACUGAAUAACCUCUCUUUCCUGUACUUGGACCACAAUGCCCUAGAAUCUGUGCCUCCUAAUCUGCCAGAAAGUUUGCGUGUAAUUCACCUUCAGUUUAACAACAUAACAUCAAUUACAGAUGAUACAUUCUGCAAGGCUAAUGAUACUCGUUACAUACGGGACCGCAUUGAAGAAAUACGGCUGGAGGGCAAUCCAAUUGCUUUGGGAAAGCAUCCAAACAGUUUCAUUUGCUUGAAAAGAUUACCUAUAGGGACAUACUUUUAAGCAUGAUCAACACAGCAUAUAAACAAAUACUCAUAAUCUAUCUCCACAAUGUCUAAAGAAAUGCAAGCAUUGGCUUAAUACUAACUUUGUACUUUACUAUGAAAGAAUUUUGUUUUAAGCAAGCAUGUUCAAAGUCUUACAUAUGGCAAGUAAAAAGCUCCAAUCACCAAGUUCAAAACAAAGUAAUGUGAAACUAUUUAAACAACAUUACAAAAUUCUUCCAGUUCAUACCAGACUACCAUUUAAAAGGCAUGUAAAUACUCCAAUCUGAGAUGCACUAUUUCCAUUACAAAUUAACUGAGAAGAUAAAUCCAAGAAACUCUCAACUGUUGCCUUUCCUGGCCUUUACCAUAUCUUGAAAAUAUUUAAGGCAGCUGUUCCCAAAGCUCUGCAAAGCUGAGUAUUUCCAGCAGUCUCCAUUUUCCUUUAUGACUCACACAUCAGGCACUAAGAAGCAGGAACUUUGUUUUCUUCCUAUCAAAGCAGCUAUUUUAUUAUUAUAUUUCACUCAGUGCAAAAAUAGGGUAUAGUCCCAAACCUAGGCAAAAUUUUCCAAGUAAAGUAAAAUUUUACUCUGAUAAAAAGUUGUCAUAGAAAUGUUGAAAGUUAUUCUACUUUGUGGUCACACUUAAAAUAUUUAGUAAAAUAGUAAAAAAAAUUCAUCUAAAACUUAACAUUGUAAGUUUACCACAGAACUUUUAAGAAAGUCAAGCAGGCCAAACCCAGUAAGUUCACACAAAAAAUCCCAGAAGUUCAACCUGAUUUCCAGAGAAUAGCUGUAAGGUUCUCCAUUGUAAAGGUUUUUGAAUAUGAGGUAACUGCAAAUUAUUUUAAUUUUACACUGCAGGAAUGAGAAUGUCAUCAACAAAUUUUUUCCAACAUAGGAAAGGAAAAUAAAGUACAUGCUAGGGUGUUACUGCUACCACAUUCCCAUUAUCCAUACAUGUUCACUCAAACUGGUUUCAGAGCAAUGUUUCCAAACACCCUUGAUGAAUGAAAACAUUUAACAUGAGACGUUAAAUGUUCUAUAUCACAAUGCUGCCAGAUUAAAGUUCCUAAAAUAACUCUCCUUAUAACCUACUUAAAAGUCUUAGUCUACAACACUACUUUGUGUAAAUAAAAAAGCUUUUCAGUGUUUUAGAAACAUGAAUCCAAACUAUAUAUGAAAAAUCAGCAUUAUUUCUAUUAUAAAUUACACCUUUGAAUCAAGUUAGCUUCUGUAUAUACUAUUCCCAGAACACAUUCUUAUUCCCAUUUUAAAAGCACUUGCUUGUUUCUUCCCCCUACCUAGAAUGAUCUCAUAUCUGUUUUUCAAUUAUUCACCCCAUUUGUCAAAGCUGAUUCCAAAAUUGAAGUUUUUUCACUAAAGCAUCUGUGAUCUCUUAAGGCCACAGUAUUACCCUCACAAUGCUUACUAAUUCAUUCACUUAUUUUGAUAUUAACGAUCAUAAAUAUUGUAUGCUUUCUUAUAAUUUUGUGUGCAU